UCGCUGUGCAUUAUGGGCAUGGGCUCCUCCCCACGUGCGACAGUGAACGCAAGCACCGCUAUGAACGAGACAGUCUCUGACUCUGGACCUUCCACGCUCGGAUGACUUGGCUUUCAGUGGGCGAUCCACACUGCAGGUUGGAUCUGUGAGCUCCUCUGCAGCACCUGCUCUUGCCACUGCGUUCGGUCGAUGCAAAUAUGGCCAGUGGGGAGGAUGACGACCCAAUUAUAGAGGAGAUUGAUGUGUACCUGGCCAAAAGCCUUGCAGAGAAGCUAUAUCUUUUACAGUAUCCAGUACGACCCUCCAUCAUGACCUAUGACAAUGUCAACCACCUGGCUGCGAGGAUCAAACCCAAGCAGCAAAGGGUGGAGUUGGAAAUCGCCAUGAACACAUCAAGUCCUAACUAUUGUCGCAGUAAAGGAGAGCAGAUUGCACUCAACGUUGAUGGGAGCACCUAUGAGGAGAGCAACACUUACUCUGCCAAAAUGAUGGACAAACAAUCGUUCUCCUCCAUCCAGGCCACAACCAACACCUCACGAUACGCUGCUGCUGUCUUUCGAAAAGGCGAGCUUCACAUCACCCCUCUGACUGGGAUCCUGCAGAUGAGACCCAGCUUCUCUUACUUGGACAAGGCUGACAACAAAACCAAGGAGAGGGAGGCGGCCAAUGAAGGUGGAGAUUCGUCCCAGGACGAGGCUGAGGAGGAAGUGGAGGCAAUAACGGUCAGGUUUGCUCGUCCAGAGUCGGAGCAGGCGCGACAGCGACGCAUCCAGUCGUAUGAAUUUCUCCAGAAAAAGCAGGCGGAGGAGCCCUGGGUCCACCUGCACUACCACAGUCUGAAGGACAGCCGAUCAGAACAUGAGAAACAGUACUUGUACUGCCAGUCACUUGACGCCUCAGAGAACUCUGAACUGGUCAAGACCCCCAAAGAAUACCUGGCCAUGCUAAUGCCGCCACUCUCUGAAGAAAAAGUUGUGAAACCAGUUGGACCCAGUAAUGUUCUGUCUAUGGCUCAGCUCCGAACUUUACCACUGGCCGAACAAGUCAAGACUUUAAUGAAAAAUGUGAAGGCCAUGCCUUUCGCAAACCUGAUGGGUUUGCUCGCUUCUGGCACGGACUCCACUGCAGUUCUUCGCUGCAUCCAGCAGGUGGCUCUGCUGGUUCAGGGUAACUGGGUCGUGAAGAGUGAUGUUUUGUAUCCCAAAAACACCUGCAGCCCUCACAGUGGAGUUCCUGCUGAAGUUCUGUGUCGAGGCAGGGACUUUGUGAUGUGGAGGUUCACUCUGGAGAGGUCACUGAUGAGGAAGGAGGUCACAUCCAUCAUCAAACUUCCUCCUGAGGAUGUAAAGGAGUUCCUGGAGCAUGUGGCUGCACCUCGAGUCAACAGGGGCUGGGAGUUCCUGCUGCCCACUGAUGUAGAGUUCAUGAAAAAACAUCCAGACGUUGCUCACCGACAGCACAUGUUGUGGCUCGGCAUCCAGAGCAAGCUGGAGAAAGUCUUCAACUUCAAAAAGGACGACUUCCUACCGAAGAACUCUCCUCAACCAGAGCCUCUUCACGUCAGCGGGGCGCAGCGUCUGCAGAUGGCUCAGGAACGCGCUCAAGAGAACCAGUCGUCUCUCCAGAAGGACCUGGAUGCCAAGAGAAGCCGGGUAGCAGUCAAACAAGAGCCUCAGAGUGACCCAGAAGAACCAAUGGACACGUCAGCGCCUUCCUCAUCCAUCAAUGGUUCGCUCAACGGUUUCCCCGCGUCCCCCUUCGCUCACAUUAAUGGAGCAGCUGGCUCGCCCUCACAAGAGCUGCAGGACUUUGUGAGCGACACUUUUAGGAAACAUUUUGUGCUGACGCUGAACGAGCUGAAGCGGCUAUUCCACCUCCACGUGGCCUCCAUUGCCUCUGAGCAGAGCGCCUUCCACUCUGUGUCGGACCACAUGCUGCAGGACGCCGCGCUGCUCUGCCACUGCAAACAGAUCAUGGUGCCGUUGCCUCCUCAGAACGCAGCUUCUCCUGACCAGCUGAAGGUUUUUGGUUUGUGGGAGGCUGGAGACGAUUUCGACAAGCACCGUCGCCUACUGUUUGAAAUGUUCACGAAAAACUACCGUAUCAGGAGAACACAGAUCCAGGCCAAACUGAACGAGGAGCUCGGAGACGCCCAGAAGGCCGACCUCGAUCGUCUGCUGAAGGAGUGCUGCAACAGUCAAGGAGGGAUGUGGUACCUAAAGGGAACCCUGCAGUCCUGACCCUGAGAGCCUGCCCCCCCUGUGGGAGGGCAGACGACACCAGAGACGGUCUGGUCCUUGGUGUUGGCUUGAAACCACACGUUCUUCUAAUGACUGCAGCAUGUGCCAGAUGCAACGGAUGAAGACUCAACACUGGUCAUCUCAAAAAAAUUGGGAUCAUGCUUUAAUUUUCUUUCCUUCUUAAUAAAUAUGCACAUUUUUUUACUCAGUAGAUGAAGACGACUUGCUAACAUUAGUCAUAAAAUUUGUUUUAGGAUUAUCAGUAGAACUGACGAUUUCGGUUGUUUCAGCCUCGGAUGAGUGCGUCAUUGAAUCAUGACAGAUUUUGUGGGUUUGUUUUUGGAACUUCAUACGACGGAGAGAAUAUUAUUUCAAACAAGGACCUGACUGACGCUCUGCCCUCUGGACCGGGUGAUGUGUUUCCAUGGCUACGGGAGAGCAUCAGCAUGUGCUGCUAUCUAAAGUGCCUCUGCGACUUCUGGACACAAACUGCUAAAUAGUGUCUGCGAUGAGUGGAACUGUAAAUAAACUGAAGAUGACAAAAGUGCA